UCGCGCCGCCGCAGCAGCCGCCUCCACUCCCCCACCCCCAGAGAACCCUAAUCCACACCCUCUCAAGCCAGCCAUGGCGGAGCGCGGCGGCGAGCGUGGCGGCGAGCGCGGCGGGUUCGGCCGCGGCUUCGGGCGCGGCGGUCGCGGCGACCGCGGAGGGCGCCGUGGCGGGCGCCGCGGCCCGCGCCAGGAGGAGGAGAAGUGGGUGCCCGUCACCAAGCUCGGCCGCCUCGUGAAGGAAGGCAGGUUCUCCAAGAUCGAGGAGAUCUACCUCCACUCCCUCCCCGUCAAGGAGCACCAGAUCGUGGAGACCCUCGUGCCGGGGCUCAAGGACGAGGUGAUGAAGAUCACACCCGUGCAGAAGCAGACGCGCGCCGGGCAGCGCACCCGGUUCAAGGCGUUCGUCGUCGUCGGCGACAACAACGGCCACGUCGGGCUGGGGGUCAAGUGCGCCAAGGAGGUGGCCACCGCCAUCCGCGGCGCCAUCAUCCUGGCCAAGCUGUCCGUGGUGCCCGUCAGGAGGGGUUACUGGGGUAACAAGAUCGGGCAGCCGCACACCGUGCCGUGCAAGGUCACCGGAAAGUGUGGCUCUGUCACCGUGCGCAUGGUGCCCGCCCCGAGGGGUUCGGGUAUUGUCGCCGCCCGCGUGCCCAAGAAGGUGCUGCAGUUCGCCGGCAUUGAGGAUGUCUUCACCUCGUCCCGUGGAUCCACCAAGACCCUUGGCAACUUCGUCAAGGCCACCUUUGACUGCCUGAUGAAGACUUAUGGAUUCCUUACUCCUGACUUCUGGAGGGACACCAAGUUCGUCAAGUCUCCAUUCCAGGAGUACACCGACCUCUUGGCCAAGCCGACUAAGGCUCUUAUGAUUGAUGCACCUGUCGAGAACGUAGAGGCUUAGGAUGGCGGAGUAAAGAGAGUCUUUGCUAGCUCGGACUUGUCUGAUGCACUUUGUUUUACAAUAGUUAAGAACCGGUUGUCAUCCUUGGAUUGUGCUGCGUCUGGAUGUUUCUAUUUCCUGUCAAGUUUUGGAUCAUGGUACUGUGAUACUGCUUUUAUCAAUGAAUGCUGCAUAAUUAUUAUGUUAUCGAUCCA